CCUAUCUCUUAGAGUUGGCGACGGUAAUGUAUCCUUCUCACAGUGUCAGUCCGAAAAAAAGACGAACUGUGAACAUGUCCGACAAGACAGGAGAGGAAUGUGGAGGAAGUGUUGCUGCAGACAGCAGACCAGCAGCUGACAACAAGCCAGCAGUAUGCACGGAGAACCAAACAGAGACUGACGCCUUCAUCAGAAGCUUCUUGGAUCCUGCAGAGGAGUACAAGAUGGGCAACAAACGACGAGGCAUUGCCCUCAUCUUUAACCAGGAGCGGUUCUUCUGGCGCCUGGGCUUAAAUGACAGGCAUGGAACCAAUGCUGAUCGUUACAACUUGGAGAAAAGACUGAAGAACCUAAACUUUGAAGUGAGGCCUUAUGAUAACUACAAGCAGGUGGAAGUCCUGGAUAAACUCGCAGAAGCUGCAGAGGAAGACCACUCAGAUGCUGACUGCUUUUUGAUCGCCUUCCUGAGUCAUGGGGAGGAUGACCAUGUUUACUGCCAUGAUGGCAAAAUCAAUAUCCGGGAAAUCACAUCCAUGUUCAAAGGAAACAAGUGCGAGAGCCUUAUUGGAAAGCCAAAGAUCUUUAUAAUACAGGCAUGUCGUGGAGAAAAGCAUGAUGAUCCGGUUACCCCUGCUGAUGCCGUUGAUAGCAGAGUAGAGGUGUUUGUGGAUGCCAGCGCCAUGCACACCCUCCCAGCUGGGGCUGAUUUCAUCAUGUGCUAUUCUGUGGCUGAAGGUUAUUACUCCCAUCGUGAGACUAUCAAUGGCUCCUGGUAUAUCCAGGAUCUGUGUGAGAUGCUCCAGAAAUUUGGUAAUUCCCUGGAAUUUACAGAGUUACUCACACUGGUCAACAGAAAAGUGUCCAUGAGGAGCGUUUUGAAAUGCCGUGACCCAAACGCUGUUGGGAAGAAGCAAAUACCUUGUUUUGCUUCAAUGCUCACCAAGAAACUUUACUUCCGACCAAAAAAAUAACUGCAGCACACUUCAGUCUUUAAAUGAGCUGUUUUAUAUUUUCAUCUAAAAAGGGCUUCUGAGCAGAAAAAACAAAACACUUUUGCUUAAUUGGCACCUUUGAUAUUUCCCAUGACACACAUCUAAUAAAAUUUAGACUUGGCAGCAGAUUAGGACCAAACUUGGAAAAAAAAAAAUUUUCUGCAUCACCAUCUGAAUAUGAACACAUGCAAAUUGACAAUCUAGUGCAGUUUGUGGCUUCAUUCGGUGCUGCUAAGCUCUUCAGGGUGCGUAUAUAAAACGUGUUCAUUUGGCAGCGAAUCGCACUUACGGCACAAUUUAAAUAAAAGAUUUAGUUAAAAUAUGGUGUUUCCAGAUGAUUUGAAAAAACCAAAAAACAAUAAACUAACAACUUUGAACCCAGAUCAGGUUAUGUGUUCAGCACAAAUCGCCACAGUGAUUUAACCAGGUAACGAGAAACACUUUUGUGACACUGAAACUCCAACUUUAGGCUCAGCUUACCUAACUGAUCCAUUAAUAUUGUUUUAUAGUGCACCCCUUAUAUUUUCCCAGUUAUCUCUGAAUGUAAACAUAUAGUUGGCAUCAUAUUGCAAGCCAAAUACAAGAGCCCCUAUAGUGAUUAACAUUUGAAAUGGAAAUGCUGUUCUAGUUAAUGAUUGCAACUGUGAUCAUCUUCCAAAUAACUAACCCGAUUAUGACAUAAAACAGUAGGAUCAGUGCAUCAGCUGAGUUUAUAGGGAAAAGUCACCUCAAAAUCAGUUGUUUAUAAUUCAGGCCUGUAGUGUUAUUUAUCCAUCUUAUUUGCUUGGGUGUUAUCGGCUGUAGAAAUGUUUGUCCUAUUUUAAUUUAAUAGGAGUAAAUGAGAUGUCAAACUCAGCAGCAAUGGCUUUUUCAAGAAAAUGUGACCCAAGUACUGAAAAGAUUCCACGUAGGAACUGUUUUCUCUUUGCAGACUCAGACAUGCAUUAACCUGUGGCAGCAUGACGAGAUGGAAAGGUUAAAGACGUCCCAGAUUGGGAACCAUGUAGAAAGAAAAUGCAAUUUGUAAUUUUGGUCCUUUAAGGAUCACAAGAGAAGUGACAUUUAGUUCAUUAUAUUAAAGAGAAGGCAAACAUUUCUACAGCUGAUGUCUUAGAAACUGGGCAACUAUCACUAAAAUAACAGGGAUGAAGAAACAGCACUACAGCCCAGAGGAAAAUGUCGUCCAUUUAACUUUCUGGGUGAAAGCCAGAUGUUUAUUUUGUAAGAAGGCACCAAAUUUGCCAAAACAGGCAACAUUAAAACUGUCAUUUUUAAAUCCGGUCAUUCACGGUGUUACUGUGUUGGAUUUUGUCAGAUUCAGUGUUUCUGUUAUUUUUAUCAGUGCCUGUGGAUCAGCACCCAUUGUUUGCACUUGAAUUGCUUUAAAACUGCAGGGUGAUUAUGGACCACUGUCUUACUGCACAACGAUGCAUUCAAUUUGAUUUCUGUUAUAAGUUAAAAGCACAUGGUUUACUGUGGCCUUGUAAAAGAAGCUUUUUUUCUUGGCUGUUGGGUCAGUUUCAGGUUUGUCUUUGAGCCAGUUGUUUUCCAUGGAAGAUAUUUUAUCUCAGGAAACGGGUGACAUUUAAAAUUGGAAUGACUAAGUUCCUAGUUGGAAUUUUCAACUGCAACACCCCUUCAAUUCAGACUUCCCAUUUGAGAAGUUGGAGAAACCCCACCCCCUGACUUACCAAUCCAAGUUGGUGGCAGUGGACAUAAACAAACUGUAAGACUUGUGAUGUACACUGACAGUGUUGUGUAUUUGUGACUCACUAAAUCAGCCAUCUAUAGAGCACUGACCAGGCUCUAUCCAUGAAUGUCCUGCUGUGUUUAUAAGCAUAAAAACCAACUUACUACUUUAAAAAGGGAAUUCAUGUUUUGUGUCAGCCGUUUAUGGUACAUUUACUAUUUACUAUGCAUAUUUGCACCUAGAUGACAACACUAGUGUGAAAAGUACCUCAGGGAGGAGGGUGUAUUUUUUUAAAACUGUAUGUUGGACCUAAAACACUUGUACCCGUGUCACAUGAUCUGUGAAUGAACAAAUGAAUACACCAGAAUACACACUGACACUGUAUUUUUGUGGUAUGUCAAUCUUGUAGACUAGUGAGAUUUUAGUUACUGCUUUGC